UCUACUUUCAAUUUGCAACCUUACCAUGAAGUUAGCAUUGUUGGUUCUCUUUGUGGCCACAGCCUGUGCCCACAGGCAUCCCAAUCGCACGGCAGCCCAUCAUGAUGCUCCCGACGACAUCAUUGUAAACGGAUAUGCGGCCUACGAGGGAAAGGCGCCCUACGCCGUGGGUCUCCGGAUGAACAACGGAGCCGUGGGUGGAGGGUCCGUUAUCGCCAACACUUGGGUCCUGACCGCCGCCCACUGCCUGACCACCGAGUCCGUGACCAUCCACUACGGCUCAAAUCGAGCCUGGAACGGUGUGAUCCAGCACACUGUGAAUAAGGACAACUUCUUCCGACACCCCGGAUUUGGAAACAGCGCCGGCCAUGACAUCGGACUGGUUCGCACCCCGUACGUGGGCUUCACCAACCGGAUCAACAAGAUCUCGCUGCCGAAAUUUAGCCAACAGAGCCAGCGCUUCGAGAACUGGUGGUGCGUCGCCUGUGGCUGGGGAGGAAUGGCUAAUGGCAGGCUGGCCGACUGGCUACAGUGCAUGGACGUCCAGGUGAUCAGCAACAGCGAAUGUGCCAGAUCCUAUGGAUCGGUGGCCUCCACCGAUAUGUGCACCCGGGCCACCGAUGGAAAGUCCGUAUGCGGCGGCGACUCUGGAGGAGCACUGGUCACACACGACAACCCGAUUCAGGUGGGAGUGAUUGUCUUUGCUUCCGGCGGCUGCAAGAGCGGUCCCUCUGGCUACACCCGUGUCACCGAUCACUUGGACUGGAUCCGCGAAAAGUCAGGAAUCGCCUACUACUAACUGGAAAAAUCGACCAAGGAUAAAUCGAAAUCUAAGAUUGUGUCGAACCUAUAUAUUCUGAACCUUUAAUUCAGACAUAUCUAUUGCAAUGUAAUUGUACUUAUGUAAAUAUAUAUCCGUAACGAGCAGCAAA